AAAAAAAAAAAUUUUGAAAAAUGAAGUUAAUUAAAAAUCCAUCGACCUACUUGGUCAUCUUUUUAAUUCUAUUCGCAUGUUGCACUCAGGAAACGGAAGCCGUACGUCGUGUAAUGCGUGGUCGCCGUACCUUAACCCGCAGAUAUUUCACUGGUUUGGCUAUACCCGGAUGGGCACUUGUGACUCUGAUUGGUAUUAGUGAACUUUUGCUGGGAGCCAUACUUUACUUUGUGCUAUAUAAAUUUAUUCUAACCAAAGACUACGAACCGACCACAAAUACAUAUGCACCAGCAGCAACAAAUGAGGUUUAGUUGGCUGCUAUUUAAAUAGC